AUGGAAGGGAAGCAAAUUCAGAACUUAGAAGUUCCAACUCCUACAGCAUCACCAGGUUCGUGGUUUCGCAACACGGAGAGAGAGCUCGAAAGCCUUCCUCAUCAAUCACUUGUUCAAGCUACCAAGGUGCAUUUUGGUGCAAGGCCUGAUCUUAAGAGAAUUUUGUUCGAUUGCAAAGCCUCAGAUGUUGGAGUACUAGCUUGUGGACCAAGGAAAAUGCGACAUGAGGUUGCCAAAAUUUGUUCAUCUGGUUUAGCAGAUAACUUGCACUUUGAAUCCAUUAGCUUCAACUGGUGA